GGCCGCGUCUGCGAAGGCGGGGGCGGGCAGGUUCGAUAAGGUUUUCUUCCUCUUCUCUGCCAUUUCGCAAACUUUUGUGUUCUUCCGCUCGCUGCUCGACUCUUCCUCGCUGGCUGGCUGACGAUAGUGUUGGUGUUUUGCUAUUUUGCGAAUAUUUCUUGUUUUGUAUUGUAUCUGCACAUUGACCAGGCUCGUUGGUUAGACAUGGCUGAGCGCCGUGAUCGUAAGUGUCGCCUGCUCGUUGCGUUUGCCGCAUCUACUCUUCCGAGCUCUACUUUGUCAGCGCACCUCCGAAUCCACACUGACGCUUUCUCUUCAUCGCAACCAGCCUCUCCCAUCCCCGAGUACCCUCGUCUGCGGACCAGACGCGCUUGCCACAUAUGUCGCCGACGAAAAGUAAAGUGCAACGGCGCCAGUCCGAGCUGCGAACAGUGUCUUCUCCGCGGCGCAAAGUGCUUCUACAAAGACGACGCUCCCGAGUCUACCAGCAACGACUCCGCAACCGGCGCUCACAACCUCUCCAACUCGAUAUCGAUCGGUGAUCUAAACAACGGCAGCUCUGGACUUGGUAAUCGAGGCACCUCGCCGCUGUCAAACGAUGCUAAGCGACGCAAGACUGAUCCAUCUCCGCGCCCGCCCACCCGAACAAUCACUGGCGUCGACCAUUCCGGCGGCUCCGUCUCCUCUGCCUCCGCCGACCCUCUUGCGUCGGACUCGAACAACACAAUAGGCAACAGCCCAAUGCACAACUCAGUCUACAGUGGCAUCACCGCCGUCAAUCCCGGAAUCGAAAGUUUCAUCUACUACGGUCCUGCUGCUUCCUUUUCUUUCAUCCAACACAUCCAUCAAGCAAUGAACUCGGGGUCUAUGGAGAUGGGCGGCAUGGGUGAUGUGCCCGAAGGCAUCAAAGCCUAUGGCUUCCGAGACCUCUUCCUCGGCGGCAACUCGGAUCCAACCUCACAAGGCUCAGCGACAAGAAACGGCAUCAAGUUUCUGGAUCCCGCAUCCGCAACCAAGUUUGUCGACAAUUACUAUCGAACGCUGGCGUUCAUCAUGCCCGUAUACCCGCGCGCUUACAUAGAUAGCGUCGUCGACCUCACCUAUCGAUCGACAAGUCCAAUCUCAAACGCCGAACCUGGAAUGCUCGGAGUACUAGCAACCGGUGCCAGCUUGGAAGGUGAGAUCGAGUGGAGCCAAAUGCUGUACGACCGCGCUAUGGACAUCUUGCAGGCAACCUCGGAUGUCAUCAGUACCGACAGAGUCAAAGUCCUGCUGCUGUUAAGUCACCUACAGGCGAUGAACGGCAAAAUAAAUACCUCAUAUACCCUCUCCGGCCAAGCCGUCCGUUUAGCAUACUCAUGUGGCCUUCACCGCGAAUUUCCCUCGCUUUCGGCUUACUCGAGUGAUGGCUCGACCAGCAGUCAAGACAGACGAACGACUCUGUGGGCUCUUUAUUCAUUUGAGCGAUUACUCGCGAUCCUAAUCGGCCGGCCAUCGGCAUUCAACGAUGCCGAACUCGAUAUCGCCCUUCCUGAGGUCGACUUCCUCAAGUACAUGUCACAUCUAGCGAAAAUCAGUGUAAAAUGCACGUCACUGAUCUACGGACCGAAAAACAAAUCUGUGCUAUCGAUCUGGGACAGCGCAAAGUUGAUCGAUGAGGAGCUUGUCGCUUUCAGAGACAGUUUACCGCCUGCGCUGCGGUUUGAAGAUUUCGGAAAACCAGGCGUGGUCCUGCACGCUGACGCGUUCGCUAUGGGUAGCCAUUUCUAUCUUUUCAAAACUCUGACGUUCAGACCGUUCUUGCUCAUUGAUAGUUUGCUUCGGAAAGAGGACCGGCUGCACUCAAUGCAGGGACUUACCUCUCCGCCGCAAUCUAGCGAUCGCGAGUUUUUACCUGAAGCUUGUCAUCGGGCCGUUGAGGCUGGUCGGGGAUUACUACUGUUACUUGCUCGGGCGUAUUCUUCAGACCCGAUGCUUGCUAAAAUGAGAUUCAACUCGAUUUUCCUACAAACAGCGUGUGCAAUCCUCCUCUUCGACGUCCUGCGUGAUCCUACACGACGAGACGAAGUCAUGACGAAUUUCGAAAUUAUCAACAUCGCACUCGAGUGCUAUCGGCUGAUGAAGACAGACGUGGGCGUGCAGAGUGGAUUGAAAUUGAUUGAGCAGGUGCAGGAGCGGGCGAAGCAGGCUUUCGAGAUGGCGAAUGCUGCUAGGCGGGAAACGCCGAUGAGCGCUGGAAGUAGGGACUUAUUUGAUUCUCCGGCAGAUCAAUUUGGCAAGUCUCCCGUCGCACCUCCUAUGCCCGGCAUGACUGGCACUGACGCCCUUCAACCACCCGACACCCAACACGCCGACCUCUACGGCAGCACACAUCCCAACCAAGGCCCCACCGCCGCUCUAGUCAGCGAAGAUGAUCUAAACGCUGCGCUCACGGGCGACGACGGCAUGAUCGGCUCCGACGCUGGCGAGUACAAGGUGAAGAGCGAGAAGACGAACGGACUGGCUGGCGGGGAUGACGAGCUGCGGUUGGAUAAUAUGCAGUUCUGGGAGCAUUGGGAUGAAGGGUUUGAUUGGCUGAAGAGUGGGUUCAUGCUGCCUUCGGCGGAUAAGUAGAUGUGGUUUGUUUUAAUACGGAGUGGAGUGGACGACGGUGUAUCUGAUUAUAACGGAGUGGUGAUUUUUCCAGCAAUAUCUUGCUUCUGAUCUUUUGUAUUCUAUUUCUUUCUUUCUUCUUCCUUUUUUCUAUCUUUUUGAACGGACGAGAGGAUCAGACAGUGUCAUCUACUCUGACCUAUGUGUAUAAUAAGUGUCGACAAAGUCAUCAACCAUCCGUAAACCCUACAAAGUUCCCCUAAAGA